GAAGAUGGCGCUACGUCUACUGCGGAGGGCGGCGCGCGGAGCGGCGGCGGCGGCGGCGGCGCUGCUGAGGCUGAAAGUGUCUCUAGCAGCCGAUGUCCCCAGACUUGGAUAUAGUUCCUCAUCCAGUCACAAGUACAUCCCCCGGAGGGCAGUGCUUUAUGUACCUGGAAAUGAUGAAAAGAAAAUAAAGAAGAUCCCAUCCCUGAAUGUAGAUUGUGCAGUGCUCGACUGUGAGGAUGGUGUGGCUGCAAACAAAAAGAAUGAAGCUCGACUGAGAAUUGUAAAAACUCUUGAAGACUUUGAUCUGGGCCCUACUGAAAAAUGUGUGAGAGUCAACUCCGUUUCCAGCGGUCUGGCAGAAGAAGACCUAGAGACCCUUUUGCAAUCCCGGGUCCUUCCUUCCAGCCUGAUGCUACCAAAGGUGGAAAGUCCUGAAGAAAUCCAGUGGUUUGCAGACAAAUUUUCAUUCCACUUAAAAGGCCGAAAACUUGAACAACCAAUGAAUUUAAUCCCUUUUGUGGAAACUGCAAUGGGUUUGCUCAAUUUUAAGGCAGUGUGUGAAGAAACCCUAAAGAUCGGGCCUCAAGUAGGUCUCUUUCUAGAUGCAGUCGUUUUUGGAGGAGAAGACUUUCGAGCCAGCAUAGGUGUCAAAGACCUCUCUCUCUCUCUUUUUCUGUGUGCGACAAGUAGUAAAGAAACCCUGGAUAUUCUCUACGCCCGGCAAAAGAUUGUUGUCAUAGCGAAAGCCUUUGGUCUCCAAGCCAUAGAUCUGGUGUACAUUGACUUUCAAGAUGGAGCUGGGCUUCUUAGACAGUCACGAGAAGGAGCUGCGAUGGGCUUCACUGGUAAGCAGGUGAUUCACCCUAACCAAAUUGCCGUGGUCCAGGAGCAGUUUUCUCCUUCCCCUGAAAAAAUUAAGUGGGCUGAAGAACUGAUUGCUGCCUUUAAAGAACAUCAACAAUUAGGAAAGGGAGCCUUUACUUUCCAAGGGAGUAUGAUCGACAUGCCAUUACUGAAGCAGGCCCAGAACAUUGUUACGCUUGCCACCUCCAUCAAGGAAAAAUGAUCUGUUAAAUGAAGCUCUCAUCAGGAAAGUUGUUCCUGAGAAGCUUUGACUUGGCCUCCUCCCUCAGAUUCUGCCUCUGACUGCUAAUUCAGCCUCCUCCCUCUGACUCUGCCUCCUCCCUCUGAAUCUGUCUCCAACCCCUAAUUCAGCCUCCUUCCUCUGACUCUGUCUCUGACUUGUAAUUCAGCCUCCUCCCUCUGAUUCUGCCUCCAACCUCUAAUUCAGCCUCCUCCCUCAGACUCUGCCUCUGACCUGACUGUCUCUGACCUCUAAUUCAGCCUCCUCUCUCUGACUCUGCCUCCUCCCUCUGACUCUGACUCUGACUCUGACCUUCAAUU